AAUCAAAGUCAGUCUUUGACUAAAGACAAACUCAAAAUAAAUUUCAUUCGCCUGUUCAAUGCUUUCGGCUUUUUUGACUAAAUUAAAAAAGAUGCCAACCUUUAAGAUGCGCCUAACCCUGCCCUCGCGUCGGUUAUUGGCCAAUCUGUGUGUUUGUGGUGCCAUGGCCUCCAUCUCGGGCUUAGCCUAUCUCCACUGGAAGCUGGAGGAUCGGGUGCGUCAGGCGGACUACUAUCAGCUGGCCAUCAAGACACUGCGCCAGCAUGGUGGUGCUGUACGUCUGCUGGGGGAACCCAUUAAGGAGUCGGGCAUUAGUUUGACCAACACACAGAACAGCUGCGACGGCGACCGUGCACAAAUGCAGGUCUCCGUGCAUGGCACCAAGGACAAGGGCACCAUUUUCUUUUGGGCCACAAACAAUCGGGAGAAGGGCGUCUGGCUGAUUGAUCGUUUGGAGCUAGAAACAAAACAGCAUCCCAAUACGCGAUUUCUGCUCAAGAAACCCAUGGACAAAGCUCUGGACGACAUUGUGCAUGACGAGGAGAACGAGCAGGACCACGAGCACAUCGUUGUACCAGAGCCAAAGCCCAUUCGGCCGCAGAUGAACCAACAUACCGAGCAGCCAGCGCAGGGGCAGAACCCAUAUGACCAUCCAGGCUAUCAAGAGGGUGGAGUUGGUCAGAAACCCAAUCAACCGAAGACACUGCAUCAGCAUCAGGGACAAGAGCCAGCCCCAUACAUUCAGACAGCAGAUGGCGGCAGGAUGAAUUAGUAGACU